CGCAACAGGAGGCAGACACAAACAUCCCGGGUUGUUUCUCACGGGUUCUUUACGUCUCGCAGUUAGCAGGAACGCGGAGCGGCCGAAGACGUCUGCAGACCAACUCAAAACUCCCGUCUCUCUGCAAGGCAAACCAGCUGAAUCCCAACCAUGGGGAAAGGAUGCAUCACAGUCACCAAGUACUUUUUAUUCCUGUUCAACCUGCUCUUUUUUAUCUUUGGAGCGGUGAUCAUGGGCUUUGGACUGUGGGUGCUGCUCGAUAAGGAGAGCUUCAUAGCUGUCCUGCAAGAAUCUUCUAACACAAUGAAGGUGGCUUCAUAUAUCCUCAUCGGUGUGGGCUCUCUGACGAUGUCCAUGGGCUUCUUCGGCUGCAUCGGGGCCAUCUAUGAAAUCCGUUGUCUGCUGGGACUGUACUUCACCUGCCUUCUGCUCAUCCUCAUUGCUCAAGUCACUGCGGGUGUUCUCAUUUACUUCCAGAGAGAUCUGCUGAAAGACGAGAUGUCCAAAAUCAUUCAGGGAAUGAUAAUCAACUACACCGGUCAGAACAAGACCACAGAGCACACCUGGGAUUACAUUCAGAGGAAGAUGAAAUGCUGCGGGUGGACCGGUCCAGGCAACUGGUCAGAGAACCUUUUGAUCAAGAACAGCACGCAGAAGCUCUACUCGUGCUCGUGUCGCAACGAUUCCCUCCCCGGCACUGACGUGAAGGAGUUUGGCCUGUGUGACUCCCUGUCUCCACAGCCACCUGUCUAUGAAACGGGGUGCAUAACCAGCGUGGAGAGAUGGCUGCUGGAUAACUGUGCCAUUCUUCUGGGGAUCUGUGUCUGUGUGGCGGUUGUGGAGCUCCUGGGGAUGAUCCUCUCCAUGUGCCUGUGCAAGAGUGUCGUCCAGGAGGAUUACAGCAAAGUACCCAAGUACUGAGCCCAGCACGAAGCCAGCCACACGUUAAACACAGAUGGACGGACUCUGCCUUUCUCUCCUCUACGCGCACACACACACACACACACACACACACACACACACACACACACACACACACGCAGAAAUUGAGACAGCUGUCUUCACCGUCGGAGGUUCUCGUGUCUUGACAGCUGUGCAAAUUUCUCACGCCCUCGCCCGACGUGUCCCACGCUCAAAAACUCACACACAGCUGUCAGUCAAAGCUCGACACACACGUUGGACUCAUAUUUAAAGCGUUGUCCUUUGAUGUUUUUAUUAUUAUUAUUAUUAUUUUAUUCUUCAAAAGCUCAAGAAUUUUGUCAUUGGAUUCUAUGCAAAAGGUCCAUUUAGAUUUUAAGCGGUUUUGUCUGCGCUGACCUCAGUGCUAGAUUGAGCACUUUAGUGACAUUUUUUUUUUUUUGGGGACAUUUUCACUCCCGAUUUCUAGUCAGGCAGGUGGGAGGGAAACCAGAGAGAGUGUGUGUGAAGGCCCCUCGGUAGGAUCGCUGCCACCCUGUGAACCUACACCUGGUAUUAUUGGUGCUGAGUAAGGCUUGCUCCGCUCAGGGCUGCUGCGGUGGAGCUUUUUGGUUUGGUUGGGUUCACAAUCAGCGCUCUGCACCCAGCAACCCUGACAUGAGCCUCCGCUGACCCCGCCACCUCCUCCUCCUCCCUAUUGUCCUUCAUCAUCCCCUGAAUCUCUGUCUUCCUGUCGGCUGGAAGCAAGCAGCCCCACAUGAAGAGUAUGUGUGACGUGUUGAGUUCUUAUUUUGUAUCUGUUCUUUUUUUAUAUAUAUAUAUAUUUUCGUGUCAUCUGUUCCUUUUGACUGUACAUAUGCUCACUAAGGGAUUAAGGCACUCUGGUGCUCGGUCAGCACUUCAUAUGGGAAAGUUUUCACCCACAUGCUCUUGUUUUAAGAGCCCUACUGUUCUUUGUUUCCUCCCCAUUGUUCACGAUGUGCAGACCGCAGCUCCCAUCGCAGCUCGUCAGCGCUAUUUCGGUCCGAAUCGGAGACUUUGGAAUCCCUCGCGUGAAUCUGUCAUCACUCAUCAAGCCAUAUUGUUAUUUCUUUUAAUGUUUUUUGGCGAACAGAAAGCCCUCCGCUCCCCGUCGCGGUGCCCAGCGUAGUUAUUUAAGCUCUUUUUGUAAUUAAAAGACAGCCACAGUCCGUUUCCCCUGCGCUCGCGUUGUUCAGUGCCUAAUACAUUAACUGCUCUGGUUUAUACAGGUGCAUGUCAAUUAUCUCAAAAAGCUAAUUUAUUUCAGGGAAUCAGUUCCAAAAGGGAAACUCUUAUUAAUCCAUUUCACACAUAGUGAAAAUUUAUGUCAGCUCAUUUCGAUGGUUGGUUGGAAGUUUAGUUUCUUAGAAAAUGUGAUUGUUACAUAAGAUGUGAGGUCUUUCAUAGCGGCCGUCGGCUCUUCUAGAGGUUUGUGGGCAGGCGCCAAUUCCUGCUGUAAAAUGAAAUCUGCAUCCUCAUCAAAGCUUGUCCACCAGAAGAAAGCAUGAAUUGCUCUAAAGUUUCCCGGUAGACGCUGACCUCGGACCUCAGAAAACACAGUGGAGCAACACCAGCAGACGACAUGGCUCCCCAAACCAUCUCUGACUGUGGAAACUGGAUUCUGUGCGUCUCCACUCUUCCCCCAGACUCUGGGACUUUCAUUUAUAAAUGAACUUAAGAAUCGUCUCUCAUAUGAAAAGAGGACUUUGGACCCCUGAUCAACAAUCCGGUCCUUUUUCUCCUUAGCCCAGAUAAGACGUUUGCCUCCCAGGUCCUGGUUGGUCUUUGUGUGGAAAGCUUGGUUUUGCUUCACAAUCCUCUGAAAACUUUGGUAAUCCAUCUUGCUUGUGCAGUUUCCUAACACAAAAAGUCCUUUUCAUUUAUAUGCUUGAGAUACAGCACCCUGCGCACAACCAGCUUCUUUAGUAAUUAACUUUGAUGGCUUACCUUCAUUGUGGAGGAUGCCGCUCGCUCCCUGCUGGACGAAUGCCAAGUCAGCAGACUUCCUGCUGACUUGGUGAUUUUGUAGAGCAUAACUAAACAUUUCUGUAGUAAAAAAUUCUCUCAUUGUUCUUAUGCAAUAUUCAGAUUUUCUCAGAAACUAAAUUUCAGGUUUCUUGUCAGUCAUAAUUUUCUAAUUUAACAAAAAGAAAUAUAACUUUGUGAGUAAUAAUUUUAUCUAUAUAUGAGUUUGUUUUUUUAAGUUGAGGUGCUGAAACAAAUAAAAUGUUGUAAAUGUUAUUCUACAUUAUUUAGAUACAGACUGUAAUAUUGAGAAGAAGGAAAAACUUUUUUAAAAAGCUAAGUUGUUGCAUGUUUAUUAAGACAUCUUUCUGUCAUGCGUCCUAGAAAACCUCUGUUCUCUUGUGCCACCCCCACCCCCAUCCAUUUCAGUUUAAAAAUACAAUAAUAAUCUGUGUUUAAUGGUACAUGAGCGAGCAGACUGCAUGUUUUAUGUUUUUCAGUCCUUCCUCCUUUUACAUGAUGUUCACCUAUCACCCGUAUGCCAAAAGAGGAAACAGUUUGAAUUGAAUUGAAUUGAAUUGCGUUACAGUCAGCUUUCCUUCGGUUAGCCUCGCAAACUUCCACGUUAGUUUAACUUGAUGGAAAUUGAAGGCUUUUUGUAUGAAAUAUUAUGUGUAAUGAUGUCGUUUGGUAGAGUUAAAAAAAUGUGGAGUUGAAAGUCAUCAGAAGGUUUUCAUCUUGUUUUUUUUUUUUUUUUUUGGAUUUUAAGAAUAAAACUUGAACUAUUGAGAAUC